CUUGGUAGGAGAAAAUGAGAUCUGAUUUGCAACUAACAGCCAUGCUUUAUUGUGAGAAUAUUUACAGGCUCGCUGAAAGGGAAACUGAGUAUUGACCAAAGACAAUGUCUGUAUUUCUCAGUAAUUUAUCAACAAAUGACUCUAGCCUAUGGAAAGAAAAUCAUAAUUCGACAGACCUUUUAAAUCCUCCAGGAACUCUGAAUAUCUAUCUUUUUUGCCUGACAUGCUUCGUAACUCUUGCAGCCCUGGCAGGCAGCAUUUACUCACUAGUUUCCCUGCUGAAAACGCAGAACAGAACUGUUGUGUCCAUGCUUGUGGCUUCCUGGGCUGGGGAUGAUCUCAUGAGCGUCCUCUCGGUGACCAUCUUCCUGUUUUUGCAGUGGCCAGACGAGGUCCCUGGCUAUUCCCAGUCUCUGUGCACCACCUCUGCCUUACUAUAUUUAUGCCAGGGCCUCUCAAGCAACUUGAAGGCGUCUCUCCUAGUCUCAUACAACUUUUACACGAUGCACAGGACUGGAGCGAGCCAGGCAGCCUCCGCAAGAUCCGGCCAGGUGCUCGGCGUGGCGCUGACCGUGUGGGCAGCCAGUCUGCUGCUCUCGGCGCUCCCGCUGUGUGGCUGGGGCGCCUUCGUGCGCACGCCUUGGGGCUGCUUGGCAGACUGUUCCAGCUCCUACGUGCUGCUCCUCUUCGCUGUGUACACUUCGGCCUUCGGACUCCUCGCCGGCCUCUCAGUGCCGCUUACUCACCAGCUGCUGUGUUCGGAGGAGCUGCCGAGACUCUAUGCUAACUACCAGGAAAUUUCCCGCGGAGCUUCCACUCCCGGGACCCCUCCAACUGGGGAGAGAGCGCUCUCCCUGUGCCCAGAUGCUGCCGCGGGCCCUGCCCUGCGUUGCUCUGCCGGGUGCUCCCCGAGCUCGGACACUGUAUUUGGACCGGGUCCUCUCGGGAGGGCCGGAGCCUGCAGGCGUGAGGACCGGGGGACUCUCUAUGGCACCAGGAGUUUCACCGUGAGCAUCGCGCAGAAGCGCUUCUCUUUGAUCCUAGCGCUGACAAAAGUCAUCCUUUGGCUGCCCAUGAUGAUCCACAUGGUGGUCCAGCAUGUGGUGGGGUUUCAGAGCCUUCCCUUCGAGACGCUCAGCUUUCUGCUAACCUUGCUGGCUACCACGGUGACCCCAGUGUUUGUCUUGUCGAAACGCUGGACCCACUUGCCCUGUGGCUGCAUCAUCAACUGCAAGCAAGAUGCAUAUGCAGUAGCAUCCGAUGGGGAAAAAACCAAGAGGAGAGCCUUUGAAUUCAAUCUAUCAUUUGAACGAAGUUAUGGAAUUUAUAAAAUAGCACAUGAAGAUUACUAUGAUGAUGAUGAAAAUUCUACAUCCUUUCACCACCUCAUGAACUAUGAAUGCAAAACUACAAAAGACUCUCUGAGAGCCGCGCAUAAUAUCUUCAAUGCCAUAAAAGUGGAAAUCAGCACCACACCCUCUCUGGAUAGCUCCACAUUAAGAGGCAUCAACAAAUGCACAAGUACCGAUAUUACAGAGGCUAAACAGGAUUCUCAUAAUGAAAAGAGCAUGGAUCCCCUGCUCCUUAAAAAAACAGAAGGGGAUAUUCACUGUGAAGAAACCACCUUUUUGGAAGGACCAGAAAGAAGACUUUCUCAUGAGGAGAGUCAGAAACCAGACCUUUCAGACUGGGAAUGGUGUAGGAGUAAAUCAGAAAGAACCCCUCGUCAGCGUUCCGGUGGUGCCCUUGCUAUUCCCUUGUGUGCAUUUCAGGGGACAGUGUCUCUCCAAGCCCCAACAGGGAAAACCCUAUCUCUUUCCACCUAUGAGGUAAGCGCAGAAGGACAAAAAAUAACCCCAGCCUCUAAGAAAAUCGAAGUCUAUCGAUCCAAAAGUGUUGGCCAUGAACCAAACUCAGAAGAUUCUCCCUCCACAUUUGCGGACACCAGUGUGAAAAUACACUUGGAGGUUCUCGAAAUCUGUGACAAUGAAGAGGCCUUGGACACAGUGUCAAUCAUUAGCAACAUCAGCCAGUCCUCCCCACAGGUCAGAUCUCCAUCCUUACGCUACUCACGCAAAGAAAAUCGAUUUGUUUCAUGUGAUUUAGGGGAAACAGCCUCCUACUCACUCUUUUUACCCACGAGUAAUCCCGAUGGUGAUAUCAACAUCUCCAUUCCGGACACCGUUGAAGCACACAGGCAGAACAGUAAAAGGCAACAUCAAGAGAGGGAUGGCUACCAGGAGGAAAUCCAGUUGUUAAAUAAAGCUUACAGGAAAAGAGAGGAAGAAAGCAAGGAUGGCUUGUGAUCACUUGGCCUAAUGAAGGCAAGAAUGACUGCUAAACUGACAGCUUUGUUCUGAAGCUAUUUGAUUUCCUUUUUUCAUUUGUUGAUUUACAUAAGCUUUACAGAUUUACUAGUGAUUUUCAGUGCGAACAGCUGAACUAGUGCAAACACGUAAGUGCUUUUGAUGUGUUACCUAUAUAGAUCACACACUGUGGUAAUUAAAAGAUGUUUCUUACCUGAUUUCUAAAAAUCUUUUCUAAAUCAAAUCUUGGCCUAGUUUACUAAUGUUUUUGCCGACGUUUGUCAACUUCAGAGUAAACAAAAAAUUGUAUAAACUCAAUGAGUAUACUGUUCCCAUGCACGUGUUUCUACACAUAAUGUUGACCUUUAAACUGAAAGGAGAAAAAAAGACACUUGGGGAAUGGAAGAAAUGCAGCAAAACUCUUGAGUGGUAUUCGAAGAGGCUUGCCGAAAUGUGGCUAGCAACGCAAUCUUAUUACAGUUACAGCUUUAGCAUUACAGUGAUGUCUAGGAAAUAUAUUCCUGUGUAAAAUGGCAAAUUAGCUUUCAACUUCAAAUCAUGCAUGUCCCUAGUCUGUAAAUAGUUGUUUCCUUCAUUUCUAUAAAAUGCAAAUUGUUUGUUGAACGUUUUCUUUCUUUCUUAAAUAUAACUGUUUUCCUUUCAUCUUUUCAGUAUGUCAAAAUUUCCCAUAAAACAUAUAUGCUGUGUGUUACAAGUGGAAUUAGAAAUAGUCCACCAUUUCUAGAAUUGUUUUGUUAUUUGAAUGGAAAUUGGGGGAAGCACUGCCAGAUUAAGUUCUGUGAGGUGUGCCCAAAUACAAGAAAAACUGGGUAAAGCAGAGGAAAAUCCUGUAAGCCCAAAACAGAAGUAUCUGUUUCUAAAGCUGCAGAUUUGGCAAGCUUUCUUAGCCAUUCUUGAAGCACAGAAAAUUUUAUUUCAAAUGUUAUUCCAAGUUAGGUGCUUUUUAGUUUCUUUCCCAAAGAUAUGUGUAUCUCAAGCAAAGAAACAAUCCAAUACAUUUUAUUAAAUGAUUGUAAGGUAUAUAUUUCAAGAUUAAUGGAAAUCAAGAUUUGAAGGACACAAGAAUUGGACCGGAAGACAGUAAUACCCCUUUUCCCUCCUGGGUUCCAGUCUCCCCUCCCCGACCCGCACUGGACCUGGGCCUAUACUGCCACAACUGUAAAAAGCUAGGAUGUUCCCAGUUAAAGUUGCCCUUGAUUGUUGAACUAACUAUACAAUGGAUACACUUGAAAGGUCUGCUGUGUUGACACAGUACCAGGAUAAUUUAAGCCCAAAGCCAUAGUUUGAAAGGCUAAUCAGCAUCACAUGCUAACCUGUAACACUUCAAACUCUAAACCAAGAGCAGUGGAAUCUACAAGAAACCUCUACAGGGGCUGUACCUAAGCAUGGAUGGUUCCUCCUCCCUAGCCUUGUGAAGAGAGACGGGUAGACUACACUAGUAUAAAGUUUACUUACUCGUUAAUGUGAUAGUGAUUGUAAAAUGUGUUU